CAGCAUAUUUACCAUGAAAAGAUUAAAAAAAAAAAAAAUUAAAUAAAGCCUAAAAUUUGUAUAACGUCACAUGGAAGCGGUCAAAAGACAUUUAAAUAACCCGUGUAGUUGCUUGUAAAAUACCUCUCACGCCUUCCACAGCCUCAUGCAAUCCCUUUCUCUGUUUCUGAGUGACUAGCAAACAAGAGAUUGCUGUGGCUUGUCUCCACUUCCCGGAGAGCAUUACAGCGGUCCCAGACCUGGCGAGUCUAAAUUCUCAGAGCUGUAAUUUAUGGGGAAAUGAUGAACGGGAACGCCGGCAGAGGAAGUGGCACAGAGGCCCCCCAUCCGGAUGACUGGCCCAUCAGCCCCGUCUCCCUGAACAUGAACCACUAUGCCAAUAAGAAGAGUGCAGUUGAAAGCAUGCUGGAUGUGGCUCUGCUGAUGGCCAAUGCCUCCCAGCUGAAGGCAGUGCUGGAGCAGGGGCCCGACGUCUCCCUUUACACCCUCAUCAUCACCCUAAUAAGCAUCUCCCUCUGUCUGCAGGUCGCUGUCGGGGUCCUGCUCAUAUUCAUCGUGUAUUUCCUGGUUUCGUCACCAGUUCGAUGGAACGUGAAUGAUGAGCGAAAGCACUGGAAGCUGAACAUUAUGGAAAACGUUGCCACAGGCCUGGUGUUUCUCAUAGUGGUAGUCAAUGUCUUCAUCACCGCCUUUGGAGUCCAGAGGCCUAACAGCAGUGAGUGACCAGCGAGUGCAAAACACACUCAGAGAAAACAGAGCUGAUAAUGUACUGCUAACUCUGACAGAGCUGCUGAGUUUGCCCACCUGAGAUCUACCUCAGAACUACGCACCAUAUCCUCGCUGUGUAUGUCUAUCAUUCUGGUGAUUCAUUAAUUUGAGACAUGCUUGAAUUGACUCUCGGUGAAUAUGAAAUGGCAAGCCUACUUUUGCUUGAGCUGUCAAAUAAA